CUGGAGUGUUCCCCUGGCGCUGAAGGUGAACCCCUCUGGGCGCUGGAGUGUUCUGGGACCUCUGCACCGUGUUUGAUUGGCGAGGUGAGCUCCAAAGGAUCGCCAAAACUACAAAGAGACAUGAUCAACCAGGUGGAAUCUACACUUGCGCAACAACACCAACUUCCUACACAUCACACAUACAUCAACUUCGCUUGAGCUUCUUUCCAGCUUCCAUCUUCCCUGAUUUCUCCUACAGGAAUCUCCGUCUUGAGACACUUGACUCUCGCUUUCCUUCACCGUCCCGUCUUGAAUAGCUCCCACCCCCCAGCAUCUUCCAGUCCCGUAAUGGGACUGUGGAACAAGCACAAUGCAACAACGUCGAGAUGAGAUUCUUGCCAAGAGAGCAAAGCUCGCAGAGCUUAAGCGGCAGAGGGAGCUUCGGAGCCAGACCACUGCCGGUCGCGCCAGCAUCGGCGCCCCCAACGACUUGAUAUCGCCCACGCCUGGAAGAGCAGACAGUCGCCGCGAAAUCGAGCACCUCCUCGCGAGCCUAACCAGCGAUAGCAGACCCGGAUCGACCACCACCGGGGGCGCCGCCUCCCCUGCCCUGCGCGGCAGCCGUCCCAACAGCGUCCUCAGCGCGGGCGAAAUUAGCAACGAAACCUCCGAGAAUGCUCCUCCUUCUAGCAUCCAGGCCCCCCCUCGACCCAUUAGCCUCACUACAGCCCCCCUCACUACCGUCUACGAGUGUCCGCCAUCCCCAGUGAAGGAGGUCUUUUCCUACAGCAAGGGAGUCCAGACCACCGAGGACUGGAUGCUCCCGAGCAGACCACGAGCCCAAUCGCUACUGUCAGAAGCUGAUGACCUACCCGGGACAACCUCGUCGCCCAGCAAGAGGCUGAGUAGGAGGGAGCGGGAUCGGGAAGAAGAGUUGCGACAGAGGAUUAAGGAGGAGGUGGAAGAAGAGCUGAGGGCCACCAGGGAGUUUCUCACGGAUGGCGUUGUGCCUCAAGGCACAUUUUCGUCAACAAACCAUCCUGCGCGGAACCUCACCACCGAAGAGCUCGAUGCGGUGGCGCAGUCUGAUGAGUUCAUCGACUUCCUUGACAAGUCGACCAAGGUGAUUGAGAGAGCCCUUGAUCAAGAGAGCUACGAUAUCCUCACAGACUAUGCACUUCAAGGUCAAGAUGUGGACGACGAAGAGGAGGUGGGCGGAAAUGCGGACGGUCGCGGAAAGCACCGCGUGAAGGAGGUUGCUCAGUUCUUCGACGACCGUUGGUCCAAGAAGCGAAUGAUCAGUGGAAUUGACUUCUCGCCCAAGUUCAGCGAGCUGCUCCUUGCGUCGUACACGAAGAACCCCACCGCUCCACACGAACCCGAUGGUCUGGUCCAGGUGUGGAAUAUGCACAUGCAGGACCGCCCAGAGUAUGUCUUCACUGCUCAGUCGGAUAUCUUGACAGCCAAAUUCUCCCCCUACCACAACAACCUCAUUGUCGGCGGCUCGUACAGUGGUCAGGUCUUGCUUUGGGAUACGAGAGCCAAGGCAGCGCCUGUUCAGAAAACACCACUAACAGGAUAUGGACACGCCCAUCCCAUCUACUCGGUCGACAUCGUCGGUACCCCGAACGCCAACAACAUCAUCUCGUGCUCUACAGAUGGUGUUGUUUGCGGUUGGAGCAUGGACGUGUUCGCACAGCCCCAGGAACUCCUCGAGUUGAAGAACCCUAGUCAGGCCAAGGUGGUGGUCGAGGACGUGAGCCCUACAUGCUUGGCCUUCCCUGAAGCCGACCCCACAUUCUUCCUCGUCGGCAGCGAGGAGGGAACUAUUUUCCCUUGUCGCAGAUAUGACGACGCCGGAGCCAAGGCUGGCGUCGACAAGAAGAUCAGCUACAAGGGCCACACUGCGCCUAUCAUGUCAGUGGACUUCCAUCCCGCUAAAGGACCGGUCGAUCUCAGCGAUCUUGUCAUUUCGUCCUCUUUGGAUUGGAGCGUCAAGCUCUGGAAGGUUCGCGCUCCUACGGCUUCCUCCACCACCGGUACCGGCGACGGCAGUAUUGCGCCAUUGAUCGACUUCAUGCGAGAGGAUGUCGUGUACGACGCAAAGUGGUCGCCCACCAAACCCAGCGUCUUCGCGCUGGUAGACGGGGCCGGCUUUCUUGAGCUCUGGGACAUUGCUGUGGAGACCGAGGAGCCCGUUUCACGGUUAACGCCUAGUCCUCGAAAGGGCGGUAGGACCCAGCUCUCCAAGAGUUUGAACAAAGUGGCCUGGGAGCGGAAUGAGGGCAAGCGUCUCGCCACCGGUGGAAUCGAUGGCUGCUUGACCGUGUUUGAGGUGGCUAGCGGUUUGGGUGGCAAGGAGGGUUCGAAGCACGAGGAUUGGGCAAACGUCAAGAAGCUUGUGAAUCGCCUUGAGGCGGUUGGCCUGAAUGGCGCGGUGAUGGUUUAGCGCGCUGUUGUUGGAGGAUUGUCAGACAGCACACUGGACACGAUUUCUGUUGUUGAGAUUGUUGGCAAUAGAUACUUAUCCUGUAUACCCCAAAGAGUAUGAUUAGAACGAUCAAUGAUUUCGAACUGCAUGAUUACCAUGCUAACUUUGUUUAGAUAGAUGGCCGCGUUUGCUUUGUUUGGCCUACCCUGCAGAACUUGCUUUAGCCACCGGGAUGGCAUCAUUUGGAGCUCAAGGCGAUCAUCGGCUGGAUGGGUGCUGGUCUGCUUUUAGGUAGUGUCGUUUUAUGGUCAAAAAUAUUUAAUUUCCCAGUCAUUCAUAUCAAGAUGCCGCAGUGUCACUGGUG